UCAAGGUAUUUUACCUGAUAAACGAGCUUAAACAGAGCUACUCAAAUUACUCGAAGAAACAUAAACAAGAGCAAAGAAAGAGACAGCAAUGGCAGAGAAUACAAUCCAGGGAACUCAGCUUCACUGGGGCGACAUUGUCGUUAUCGUCGUUUAUUUUGUCAUCGUCAUCGUAGCUGGGAUUCUUGCCUCAUGUCGAAACAGAGGAAGUAUCAGAGGUUAUUUCUUAGCAGGUCGGAAUAUGCACUGGAUCCCGGUAGGGGCUUCACUUUUUGCAAGUAAUAUUGGAAGUGGACAUUUUGUUGGACUUGCUGGCUCCGGAGCGGCAACAGGGAUAGGAAUUGCUGCAUUUGAAUUAAACGCAAUAUUCAUUCUCAUACUGUUGGCAUGGGUGUUUGUACCAGUUUACAUUUCUGCUGGGGUUUACACUAUGCCGGAAUACAUAAAUAAGCGAUUUGGUGGAAGACGAAUACACACAUAUCUCAGUUGCUUGGCUCUACUUCUUUACGUUUUUACAAAAAUAUCUGCUGAUUUGUACUCAGGUGCUUUAUUCAUCACUCUAGCUGCCGACAUGAAUAUCUACCUUGCUGUACUCAUAUUACUUGUAAUAUCUGCAUUGUUCACCAUAGGAGGUGGUCUAACUGCUGUAAUCUGGACAGAUUUUGUGCAGACAUUGGUCAUGGUCAUUGGUGCCUUUAUUUUGAUGGUUAUGAGUUUUAUAGAAGUUGGUGGUUACGAGGAGUUAGUGGACAGAUACUUCCAAGCUUGGUCCAACACAACCAGAGAUAAUUUAUUCAACGUUUCUUCUCCAAUGCAUAAAUACGCUGAAUGUGGCAUACCACCAAAAAAUUCAAUGAGUUUGCUCAGGUCAUACGAUGAUCCAAAUCUUCCUUGGCCUGGAGUGAUGUUUGGUCUUACAGUGUCUGCAGUUUGGUACUGGUGCACUGACCAAGUAAUUGUCCAGCGCUCACUUGCAGCCAAAAAUAUGACUCAUUCCAAAGGUGGUGCCAUAUUAGCUGGAUACCUUAAAUUUCUUCCUUUGUGGCUAAUUGUCUUUCCAGGAAUGAUUGCAAGGAUUCUCUUUCCAAAUGAGGUGGCCUGUGUGGACCCAGACGAAUGUGAGCAAAUCUGUAACAGCAGGACUGGUUGCACCAACAUUGCAUAUCCAAAGUUAGUGUUGAAAAUAAUGCCGAACGGACUGAAAGGUCUUAUGUUAGCUGUGAUGAUGUCUGCUCUCAUCUCUUCCCUUACAUCCAUAUUCAAUAGCAGUAGCACAAUCUUUACCAUGGACAUAUGGAAACAAAUCCGACCAAAAGCUUCUGAUAGAGAACUUAUGAUUGUUGGAAGAGUUGCUGUACUUUGCCUGGCAGCCGUAAGUAUAGUUUGGAUCCCAAUUGUACAGAAUGUUCCCCAGAUGUUCAACUAUAUCCAGUCAGUAACCAGCUAUUUAGCUCCUCCAGUGUGUGCCAUAUUUGUCUUAGGAGUGUUCUGGCAACGAACAAAUGAAUUGGGUGCCUUUGUUGGACUGAUGUCUGGAUUGUUUAUUGGUCUAUUGCGAUUUAUUUGGGAAUUUUCUUAUACUAAUGUACCAUGUGGAGAAGUAGGAUCACGUCCAUCCAUUAUUACAGAUGUCCAUUAUUUACAUUUUGGCCUAAUCCUUUUUGGCAUUGUAACAUUUAUAACAGUUUGUGUUAGUCUUAUUUCAAAACCAAUACCAAAACAUCAACUGCAUAAUUUGACUUACUGGACAAGAAAUUGGAAACCACUAUCCAAAGCAUCAAGUGUAUAUACUGUGCCAAGCAAAUCAGAAAGUAUGUCUACUGUGGCGAGCAAAUCAGAAAGUGCACAUGCUGUGGCGGAAAAAUCAGAAAGACCUACCAUUGAAGAGAAACCACCUGCAAAAUGGUAUGUUACUGCUUUCAACUGGAUUUGUGGCAUUGAAAAACUUGAUCAACAGCCAGAAGAAUUAACAGAGGCAGAGAAAUUUCAGCUACACUUGAAAAUGACUGAUAUCGGUGAAAAGUCAAACUGGAAAAAAUUUACAAAUAUUAAUGCUAUUAUACUGAUCGUUCUAGCAACAUUCUUGUGGGGUUUCUAUCAUUAAUGCUAAAUAUCAAUGCUAAAUAAAGUUUGUUUAAUAUGAAAAUAUUGCAGGUUUCAAAUACAUUUUAGAAUUGACAAAACAAAAUAUUAAUUAAAAUGGCAUGUAAGUCUGUUCAACUGUAAUAUAGUC